CGGCUUAGAGCAUCGGGACCGCGGCGUUCCUGCGGUUGUCUCAACCCCACUCCCAUCCCGUCCCCUGCAAGGGAAUCUGCUGAGCUCCUGUGAAGAGAGGGGCUCACCUAAGGCUCCCCCCCCAGACUGCAUUAAUCCGAGAGCAAGCAAACGGGGUUGUUUAAAACCACUUUACAAAGAAGUAUCAGAGGGAAAGGAUCUUGAAAAGACUCCCCUAAGCCCUGAAAAAGUCCACACCAUGGGGGAUGUGAAAUUGGUGACAUCUACUCGAGUCUCCAAAACCUCCCUGACAGUCAGCCCUUCUGUCCCUCCUGAAGCACCAGCAUUUACUCUUCCUCCUCGGAACAUCCGUGUGCAGCAGGGAGCCACUGCAAGAUUUGAGGGGAAGGUCAGAGGCUACCCGGAGCCUCAGAUCACUUGGUACAGAAAUGGGCACCCUGUCCCAGAGGGAGACCAUUAUGUUGUGGACUGCAGCAUUCGGGGGAUGUUCAGCUUGGUAAUCAAAAGUGUACAGGAAGGUGAUGGUGGAAAAUACACCUGUGAGGCCACAAAUGAUGGUGGGGUUCGUCAGGUGACUGUGGAACUGACAGUGGAAGGGAACUCCUUGAAGAAAUACAGCCUUCCAGCCAGUGCCAAAACCCCUGGGGGAAGACUUAGUGUUCCAUCUGUGGAGCACAGACCAAGUAUCUGGGGAGAAAGUCCACCCAAGUUUGCUACAAAACCAAAUAGAGUUGUCGUGCGUGAAGGACAAACAGGGAAAUUCUCGUGUAAAAUAACGGGACGACCUCAACCUCAAGUGACUUGGUUUAAGGGUGAUAUUCAGUUGCAGCAAAAUGAGCGUUUCAACAUGUUUGAGAAAACAGGCAUUCAGUUCUUGGAAAUCCAAAAUGCUCAGCUUGAUGAUGCAGGAAUUUACACAUGCACGGUGGUCAACAGCGCUGGGAAGGCAUCUGUGUCUGCAGAGCUCACUGUUCAAGCAGGUCCAGAGAAGACUGACACAAACACUCAGCCACCAUGCAUGCCUUCAAAAUCAACAACACUUGCUGUUAAACCCAUUGAAAAUUCAGAAUUCAAACAGGUAACUAGCAAUGGAAUUGCUAAAAACAUGAAAUGCAGCAGCACUGAGCUCGUGGUUGAAACCAAAGACAGAGUGUCAGCAAAGAAAGAGACCUUUAACAUCACCAGAGAAGUAAAAGACAGUAAGCAGGGACAGCACCUAGAGGCAAAUGCAAUGUCUACUCAAGAACCUGGAGAAGGAACAAAGGAAUGUCAGGUCUUACAGAAAACUUCAAGUACCAUCACACUAAAAGCUGUCAAACUGCAACCAGAACCAAGAACAGAACCCCAGACCACUUUCAUCAGACAGGCUGAAGACAGGAAAAGGACUGUGCAGCCCCUGAUGUCAGCUCAACAAACUUCAUCUCUGGCAGGGCAGAGCAGCCCAAGGAGCAGAGAAACAGAAAACAGAUUAGGAGCCUGGAAGGCUGCAAUGGAAGAGAAGAGGGAGUUUCUUGGAAUUCCCCCUCAGUUUGAGAGCCGUCCUCAGAGCCUGGAAGCAUCCGAAGGCCAGGAGAUUAAAUUCAAGAGCAAAGUUUCAGGAAAACCAAAACCAGAUGUUGAGUGGUUCAAAGAGGGAGAACUUAUUAAAGCUGGAGAAGAUGUCCAGAUCUAUGAAGAAGAUGGAAUACAUUGGCUAUGGCUAAAGAAAGCCAGCCUAGGGGACAGUGGAUCUUAUAGCUGUGCAGCUUUCAAUCCCAAAGGCCAAAGUUCUACCAGCUGGUUGUUAACUGUCAGAAGGCCUAAAGUUCAAGAGGUUGCUCCAUGCUUUUCCAGUGUCUUGAAAGGAUGCACUGUGAGUGAAGGGCAAGACUUCGUGCUGCAGUGCUGUGUAGGAGGAGUUCCUGUGCCUCAGAUCACAUGGCUUCUCAAUGACCAACCUAUCCAGUAUGCCCAUUCCACUUUUGAAGAUGGAGUUGCGAAAUUGACUGUCCAAGAUGCCCUACCAGAAGAUGAUGGCAUUUACACCUGUCUGGCUGAAAACAACACAGGGCAGGCAUCUUGCAGUGCUCAGGUGACAGUCAAAGAAAAGAAGAGCAGCAAGAAGGCAGAAAGUGCACAAGCUGCCAAGUUAAACAAGACUUUUGCACCCAUCUUCCUUAAAGGCCUGACUGACCUCAGAGUAAUGGAUGGAAGUCAAGUGAUAAUGACUGUGGAGGUAUCAGCUAACCCACCUCCUGAAAUUAUCUGGCUUCACAAUGGGAAAGAAAUCCAGGAGACAGAAGAUUUCCACUUUGAGAAGAAAGGCAAUGAGUACAGCCUGUACAUUCAGGAAGUAUUUCCUGAAGACACAGGAAAAUACACCUGUGAAGCCUGGAAUGAAUUCGGAGAAACUCAAACCCAGGCUACGUUGACAGUACAAGAACCUCAGGAUGGCAUCCAGCCCUGGUUCAUUAGCAAACCCAGAUCAGUGACAGCAGCUCCUGGGCAAAAUGUCCUUAUAUCCUGUGCCAUUGCUGGAGAUCCUUUCCCCACUGUUCACUGGUUUAAAGAUGGGCAAGAAAUAAUGCCAGGAACAGCAUGUGAAAUCCUGCAAAAUGAAGACAUCUUCACACUGAUCUUGAGGAAUGUGCAGUCUCGUCACGCAGGUCAAUACGAAAUUCAGCUCAGGAACCAAGUUGGAGAAUGCAGCUGCCAGGUGUCUCUGAUGCUGCGGGAGAGUUCAGCUUCCAGAGCAGAAAUGCUCAGAGAUGGGAGGGAAUCAGCCAGCUCUGGAGAGCGAAGAGAUGGUGGAGAUCAUGGUAAACUAACAUUUGGUAGAACAAGUGGCUUCAAAAAGAACUGCAGUGAAACCAGAGCAGUUGAGGAAGAGCAGGAAGACGUCCGAGGUGUGCUUAAGAGGCGAGUGGAAACUCGGGAACACACAGAGGAGAGUCUGAGGCAGCAGGAAGCUGAGCAACUUGAUUUUCGUGACAUUUUAGGCAAGAAAGUCAGUACCAAAAGUUUUUCUGAGGAGGAACUGAAAGAAAUCCCAGCCGAGCAAAUGGACUUCCGAGCAAACCUGCAGCGGCAGGUCAAACCCAAGACCUUGUCAGAGGAGGAAAGGAAAGUUCAUGGUCCUCAGCAGGUGGAUUUCCGUUCUGUGCUGGCCAAGAAAGGCACCCCAAAAACCCCCUUGCCAGAAAAGGCACCACCACCUAAACCAGCUGUUACAGAUUUCAGGUCUGUGCUGGGCUCAAAGAAAAAGCCACCUGCAGAGAAUGGCAGUGCCAGCACCCCAGCACCAAAUGCCCGCACUAAUUCUGAAGCCCAGAAUGCCACCCCCAAUUCUCAAGCCCCUGUUGCCAAACCAGCAGUGAAAAAAGAAGAGAAGAACGACAGAAACUGUGAACAUGGAUGUGCAGUGGUGGAUGGUGGAGUAAUUGGGAAAAAAGCUGAAAUCAAAGCACCACCAAGCAAACCACCAGCAAGCAAAGAAACAGCACCCUCUUUUACAGAGAAGCUUCAGGAUGCUCAAGUACUAGAGGGUGAAAAAUUGGUCUUACAGUGUCGGAUUUCCUCUGAUCCCCCUGCAGCUGUCACCUGGACUCUAGACAGCAAAGCCAUCAAAUCAUCAAAGUCCAUUGUCAUCUCCCAAGAAGGGACUCAGUGUUCACUUACCAUUGAGAAGGCCACACCUGAAGACGGGGGCGAAUACAAAUGCAUAGCUGAGAAUGCAGCAGGAAAAGCUGAAUGUGCUUGCAAAGUGCUGGUAGAAGAUGCCUCAUCUGCAAAGGCCUCAAAGCCUACUGAGAAGAAGACCAAGAAGCCUAAAACCACACUUCCCCCUGUGCUGCCAACAGAAAGUGAAGCAACAGUUAAGAAGAAACCAGCUCCAAAGACUCCUCCGAAAGCAGCGGCUCCUCCUCAGAUUACUCAGUUCCCAGAAGACAGAAAAGUCCGUGCAGGUGAAGCAGUGGAACUGUUUGCCAAGGUGGUAGGAACAGCCCCCAUAACUUGCACCUGGAUGAAAUUCCGUAAGCAGAUUGAAGAAAGUGAAUAUAUUAAAAUUGAGAAUGCUGAAAACAGCAGCAAGCUAACAAUAUCAUCAACAAAGCAGGAACACUGUGGAUGUUACACACUAGUUGUAGAGAACAAACUUGGCAGCAGGCAAGCUCAAGUCAACCUAACAGUUGUUGACAAACCAGACCCCCCUGCUGGAACACCCUGCGCAUCAGACAUACGGAGUUCCUCCCUCACUCUCUCGUGGUAUGGCUCCUCUUACGAUGGUGGGAGUGCAGUGCAGUCCUACACUGUGGAGAUCUGGGACUCAGUGGAUAACAAAUGGAGAGAUCUCACCACCUGCCGCAGCACCUCCUUCAACGUGCAGGACCUGCAGCCUGACCGGGAGUACAAAUUCCGUGUGCGAGCUGCUAACGUGUAUGGCAUCAGUGAGCCCAGUCAUGAAUCUGAGCUGGUAAAAGUUGGAGAGAAACAAGAAGAACUUAAAGAGGAUGAAGUGGAGCUCUCUGAUGAUGAAGGGAAAGAAACAGAGGUCGAAUAUCGAACGGUUACUAUCAACACUGAACAAAAAGUUUCAGAUGUCUAUAGUAUUGAAGAAAGACUGGGAUCGGGGAAAUUUGGACAAGUCUUUAGGCUUGUUGAAAAGAAGAAUGGGAAAGUUUGGGCAGGAAAAUUUUUCAAAGCCUAUUCUGCUAAGGAAAAAGAAAACAUAAGAGAUGAAAUCAGCAUCAUGAAUUGUCUACAUCAUCCAAAACUUGUCCAAUGUGUAGAUGCCUUUGAAGAAAAAGCCAACAUUGUUAUGGUCUUAGAAAUGGUUUCUGGAGGAGAACUCUUUGAACGAAUCAUUGAUGAAGACUUUGAACUGACAGAGAGAGAGUGCAUUAAAUACAUGAAGCAGAUUUCAGAAGGAGUUGAGUACAUCCAUAAGCAGGGCAUUGUACACUUGGAUUUGAAACCAGAAAACAUCAUGUGUGUCAACAAGACUGGUACCAGUAUCAAACUCAUUGACUUUGGACUUGCAAGAAGAUUAGAAAAUGCAGGUUCUCUGAAAGUUCUCUUUGGGACACCUGAGUUUGUGGCUCCAGAAGUUAUAAACUAUGAACCUAUUGGAUAUGAAACAGAUAUGUGGAGUAUAGGAGUUAUCUGCUACAUCUUGGUCAGUGGACUUUCUCCUUUCAUGGGAGACAAUGACAACGAAACCCUCGCCAACGUCACCUCAGCAACGUGGGACUUCGAUGAUGAGGCUUUUGAUGAAAUCUCUGAUGACGCCAAGGACUUUAUCAGCAACCUACUAAAGAAAGAUAUGAAGAGUCGCUUAAAUUGUACUCAAUGUCUUCAGCAUCCUUGGCUGCAAAAAGACACCAAAACCAUGGAAGCCAAAAAACUUUCCAAAGAUAGGAUGAAGAAAUAUAUGGCCAGAAGAAAAUGGCAGAAAACAGGCCAUGCUGUCCGAGCAAUAGGAAGACUGUCAUCCAUGGCAAUGAUUUCUGGUAUGAGUGGGAGGAAGGCCUCUGGGAGCUCGCCUACCAGCCCUAUAAAUGCAGACAAAGCAGAGAACGAAGAUGCUUUCCUUGAAGAAGUGGCUGAAGAAAAGCCUCACGUAAAGCCAUAUUUUACUAAAAAAAUGCUUGACAUGGAGGUUGUGGAAGGCAGUGCUGCUAGAUUUGACUGCAAAAUUGAAGGCUACCCUGACCCUGAGGUGAUGUGGUACAAAGAUGAUCAGCCUGUCAAGGAGUCCCGGCACUUCCAGAUAGAUUAUGAUGAGGAAGGGAACUGUUCUUUGACUAUUUCUGAAGUGUGUGGGGACGAUGAUGCCAAAUACACCUGCAAAGCUGUGAACAGCCUUGGGGAAGCCACGUGCACUGCAGAACUCCUCGUGGAAACAAUGGAAGAAAAAGAAGGAGAAGAUGAAGAUGAGGAGGAGGAAGAAUGAAACAAAUCUCAAAGAAAAAAAA